AAGGCUCCUGGCAAUUUCCUGCUUCUUCGAUCCUGUGGUUGCUCCUCUUCUAGCACCAUUCUGGCUUAUCAAAGAGGAAGAUAUAGAUAGGUGGGGCUGUUUGGAAAGCUUUUUCAAGGAAAAUCAUGGCUCAUUGUUGAAAUCUUUACAUCCGUGAAAUGAAAGCUGCGUGGCUGAGGCUGCAUUUUCAGGAAAAGUACAUACGGACGUUAUUAUGGCAGAGUUUACCUCAAUCACUGAAGACCGAAGCGGCUUAAAGGAGUCUGAGGUGGUUUUAGCGAGCUCUGGAACUGUACAGUCACACAAUACCAGUCAGGGAGUUUCUUCACUCUCUACUUUUGCAGUCAGACAGCUGAUGUUUGUCCAAAGACUGGAAAAAAGACAGAAAUGGUGGUCAAGUUCAGCAGGGAAUCAAAUCAUCAAACUCAUCCUACGUGUAGAUUGUACAGUCUGGGUUGCUGAUAUUCUCAACAAUUUCUGUCCAUACAAACCCUGUUAUUGAGGUUACUGACAAGCAAUUUGUGCAACCACUAAUCAGACAGCACUUCCUGUCCCAGGUCACUGUGCCCCAGCAGACCCCACACCUUGAAAUUAUAACUCUGGCCACUGGGAGCAAACCAACCAUCCUGUAAUGGGGUCAUAUACAAUCCUGUCAGGGCAAGCAUGUAAAAAAAAGGUCCUUACCGUGUUGUAAAACAGUGGGCAUAAACCUUUCGACCACCUACAGACCUUCUAGUGCAGAAGUGCAGACAGAUGAGUGUCAAGACCGCUCAGCAGUCAUGAAGUGCCACAAGACAUAAUAAUUACAACAGAUACUGUACUUCUGUCAUCUUUGCCUUUCUUCUCGUUGUCGGACCACGAGCGCAUCGGAUGGACUUAAUGAGGACUUCUAUUCAUCAUUGUUCUGCCGUUCUUCAUAUUUAAUACUGCAUAUCCAAGACUCGUACUAACUCUUCUAAUGAAUACACCGUUGAUGUCCUUCAAGUCACCACCACCUCUGCACUCGUACACAAACAUGGCCGCCGUGGACUUGCCACAGUUUGAUCAUCGCUUCUGUUUUCAUGUUGCCUGAUGACUUGCCUUGACUGUGUUGUUUGCUAAUCGAUGACCGGUGCCUGUCCUGUGCCGAUUUGGACCGUCUGCUUGAGUUCACUAUUAAAGAUCACCUUUCCUGCACUCGCAUCUGACUCUGUUUAUCUGAUGUGCCGUGAUUGGUGCCAGCCUUGUAUCCAAGUCUCUUCCCUAGUGGCACAGGUGGCAUUAUGGAUUCAGCACCUCCUCUCGGAAUAGACCACGAUGGCUUGGACCUCCAGCAGGUCUCUGUGCUGUCCUUAGAUCAGAUCCGCGCCAUAAGGGCUAGCAAUGACUAUGUGGAACGUCCUGUGACACUCGACCCCACAUCGCAGGUGGGUGUCUUCUAUACACACGAUGAAAGACACCCUCAGAUGCCUCGCAGUCAGAGCCAGCACCAACAUGCCCACCUGGCUCACCUGAGUCGCUCUAGUACAAUCAGCUCUAUGUCCCGUGGCAGUGCCGCUUCGGACCAGAGACUUCUUUCAGGUUUAACAAGUUCCCAUUCUGGAUUGGCCUCGGUGGUGCGUUCUCAACCCAAAGGCGACCUGAAACCAGACUUGUUAAGUAAAGGCUUGGCUGAUGGGGAGGAUUUAGGCUUGCAUCAGUUCAUCUGUGAACGAUGUAGCCGUUGCAAGUGCCAGGAGUGUUGUGCCCCUCGAAGCUUGCCCUCUUGCUGGACAUGUGGCCAGCGAUGUCUUUGCUCAGCAGAGAAUGCCGUGGAGUACGGCACCUGCAUGUGCUGUGUCAAGGGCCUCUUCUACCACUGUUCAGGCGAUGAUGAGGACAACUGCGCUGACCGACCCUGCUCCUGUGCUCCGGCACAUGCCUGCGCCCGCUGGAGCACCAUGGCAGUUCUGUCUCUCUGCCUGCCCUGCUUGUGCUGCUAUCCUCCUGCCAAGCUUUGCCUCACUAUGUGCCAGCGUGGCUACGACCACGCAAAACGACCCGGCUGCCGCUGCAGCAACACCAACACUGUGUGUCGAAAGAUCUCGGCUUCUAACCCCGCACCUUUCCGGAAGACCCUGGACAAACCGGUAUGACACUCAGACGGCACUCCAUCUGUCAUUCCGUCACUGCAUUCCCCCUUUCGCAUUCCCGAGGAUACCAUGAAACACAACUUACUGAGCUGCACCCAACCAACCAGGCCUAGCUACAUUAUCUGCAAGAAUGGAAGCUUGUUGAUUCAAAACAAUAAAAUGUUGUCUUUCUAUUUAUUUAUUUAUUUGACUUUCCUGGCUAAGACAGAUGACAAAUGCUGUCCAUAUGUAACCUUUUACAGGGAGUAAGCUAUCAGAAAAGAAAAAAUCUGGUGCUGUGUUGGGUGAAAUGCAUCUUCUGGGCACAGUGCCAUCUGCAGCCAUACUGCGUGGACAGUCUGUAUGCUAAAGGUCUGACGUUUGAUCCGAGGGGAACGGAGAGCCAGAGCCAAAAAAACAUUCAGUACAAACCAUUUUGGACACCAAAAAAAAAAAAGGGACCAGAUGAAGCUCAUUCAGGAAUGGAUUGUGAGAUGAGAGGUGGUUACCUGAAAAGACAUUGGGCAUGUGUGGAUAUGAAUGGAUGGAUGGAUGCACCUGAAAGAGCGAGAAAACGUGUGUGUGUGUGUGUGUUCAUGUUUGUGCGUGUGCAUGCGGAUGGGUGUGAAAGACAUGUAAGGUGUAUGUGCAUGCGUGCGCAGUCUCAGGCCUCUGUCUGCUCUCAGCAGAAGCAUUCUUUUUUAUUUUUAGAGAAGCUGCUCUGAAAGACAAAGUGUCUGGUCAGGUUUCUAGCGCAGGGCAGCCUGACGCCAGCCUCUCCCAAGCGCUCUAGCGUCCUCGCAAUUCCACCCCCCUUCCCUAUCACCACCACCACCUCCAACCACCACCACCACCACCACCACCACCACCACCCCACCCUCUCGUCUGCUGCUCACUCUCAUUCCUGCUAUGGGAAUUCUUGUCCUAUACUCUCUCCAGCUGUGCUAUGGGACCAAAUGUAAUUCAAUCAUCAUACAUUCCCCAAAAAAACACAACCUCCACCACCAUGGACUCUGGUCUGAUUUUUUUCCUGCUGCUUUCAAGAUAACAUCAAGUUACACCGUUACAUUCAUUAGAGAAGCAAGAUAAAUGUCAUAGUACAAACAAAGACACUUCAGAGCACUGCGUCGUUUAAGAUCUUACUCAUCUAUGAACAGCAAACAAAGCUAGUCGGGGAAUAUGCUAUUUACACUAUGGCCAUACAUUUCUAAGCACUUUGGACUUCAUUUCGGAUCGGCUCGUUAGCCGCUAAUCGCGUCCUUAUUCCUGAUCGACAGGAAGUGAGAGUGUCGGAGAGCCGGAAGAAAGAGGGGACUCCUUUGAGUGGAGGCUCUAAUUCGAUUGCCUUACCAGAGCACCAUACUUGGGAACAAGGUGAAACAGAUGCACCGAUAUCCAAAAUUGGAAUGAGAAAUCAAAUCAAGAAAUCUGUUUCCAGAGUGUGUAUAAGUGUGUGUUGUCGCCCCCCCCCCCGUCCCCGCCCCGUAUAUGCACAAGGCUCCUUGUUGUUAGAGUUCCUUUGCUCUAUUUUUCUAUCUACGUAGGAUUGUUAUUGUAUUUCUAUUUUUAUUCUAUUUGGUUUAAUCUGGGUAUUAUGGUUACCGUUAUUUUCUAUUACCAUCGGAAAAUUUAACUUUAAAUCGCAGGCCUGUCUAACACUUAAACAUUAACCUGAAAGCGGGCUACAUAUUAUGGAGGAGAGGUCUUUUGUGGUUCCACGCAAACGUAUUUGUUUUACAUUAACGGUCACGCUAAAUAUAACGAUCACCCUAUACUGAUCUGUCCUUUAACGAUUACUGUGUAAUUUGGUUGUAUUUCUUUCACCAUCACAAAAUCAGAAACGAGUCUUUGUCGACUUUCACACAAUCGACUGAAAGAACGGAAUUAGGUAAAAAUGAACACGAUUAAAUUUACGAACAGUUAUGUCGUGUUUAUAAACGUAGACGUCAAUAACAGUGUAAUGGAAGAGGGUCUCUUUCAGGACUGUCCUUAUUUUAAAGACUAAUUUACUGUCCAGGUACAAUGCUAUUGUGUUAAUCAAACAAAAAAUAUUCUGUACUUCCUGUUAAGGUUUUCAGUCCACCGCCUCAUUCUGAUGUCUAAUAGAAAUCAGGUCAGGUGACUUAUUGCUACUGGUCAAAAACCCAAACUUCUUUUCACACCGUGAAACCGUGAUUCAACUUCUCCUCCAUGGUUAAAUCUUAAAAGACAAUCUCUCCUAGGAGGGGUCAUAUUCUAGGGAUGGGUGCAGCGUAUAGGUACAAGCAUUUUACAGGAACUGGUGCUGACCACAGUCUUUAAUUUAACCACUAAAAGUUCCCCAUUGCUUUGGUACAGUUGGCAUCUUGUAAGUUGCAAAAGAAUUAAAGGAGCGAGAGAAAGAGAAAUCUAUACAAAUGAAUAUAUUGAUAUAUGAAUAUAAAUAUAUAUAUAUAUAUAAAUAUCUAUAUACAUUUUACACUUUUUUUUUCUGUUGCCGACAUAUUAUCGGUAAGUCACAGAUAUUUAUUUAAAUGAUUGUUAAGGAAAGAUAAGUAUUUAUUUAUGGUGAAUGAUGAAAAGAAAUGACCCUUGUAAUGAUUUCAAUUUUUUUUUUUUUCGUGGUGAGGAGGGCGUGGCCUCGAGACAGAAGAUAAUAAAUAAAAUGAGUUUUCAAAUGUA